GACCUGUCAGCACCGCGCGUCUUGCGCCAUAGCUAGCUGCCUCUACAUCAUCGAGGUUAUCCCCGGUUCCCUAUGUGCUAUCUCGGUCACGCGCUUCGACUGGAAUUCUCUUCGGGGAUACCGCUCUCAACCUGCCCUGUGUGACAGUGACACAACCUGAAGGAAGCCUUACUUCCCACCUGACUCCCGCCCGACCCUUCAUUGACCGUCGCACGCCCGCCACGACGUCAGAAUAGGGAGGGAUCAGAGACCGCAAUCGCAAAACCGAGAGGGAUGCCGUCCGCAAUCGCACGGCAACUUCGCGUGGCUGUCAUCGGCACCGGCCCGGCCGGCCUGUCGUCGGCCAUCGCCCUGUCGGAGCUGUCCGACAUCGACCUGCGCGUGUACGAGAAGGCCGGCGAGCUGAAGAACCUCGGGGCCGGAAUCAGCGUCAACCACAACGGAUGGAAGGUGCUGGAGCUCCUGGGGAUCCGAGACCGCGUCAAUGGAGCCUCGACCAACCCGACAGUGCAGAGGAACGCGUACACGGGCGAGAUUGUUGACCCUGGCGUACCCCAUGACCCGAACAAUGCCUAUGAGGCCCGCCGGGUGAAACGUCUGGUGCUGCAGGAGGCAUUGGCGGCCAAGGUCCCUGAGGAUGUGAUUGAGUUCAACAAGAAGCUUGUCGGACUGGAAGAUCUCGGCAAGGACGGCGUGAGGGUGUCGUUUGAAGAUGGCACCGAAACCAUCGUAGAUCUCGUUGUGGGCGCCGAUGGAAUCCGUUCGGUAGUCAGGAGACAUAUGGUACCGGACUACGCUCUGGACUAUGCGUACCAAGUCGGCUGGCGCUGCCUGAUUCCUGCCGAGCGGCUGAAGCACAUCCCGGACCUGCCCCUGACGACAACCAGCUGGUGGUACGGCAGGGCCAAGUCAGUCUGGCUUUCACCGCUCGACGCCGAUGUGUCGAACCUGACCGACAUCGAGUUCACGGCUCGUGUGUUCAACGAGCCCCCGAUUCCCGGGAAGACGGUGAGCUGGGGCAUACCAGUCACCAACGAGGAUGUGUUUUCACGGUUUCGCGAUUGCGACCCGCGGCUGGUUGAAGUCUUCAAGCAGGUACCAGAAGGCAACUGGACAGAGUUUGCCGCCUACGCCGGGCCGGUCCCGGACAGUCUCGUUGCCUGGGACAAGCUGGUUCUCAUUGGCGAUUCCAGCCAUCCUUCUGCCGGCGGCUUCGGGUCUGGAUCGGCCUUUGCAAUGGAAGACAGCUGGACUUUGGCGCGGUCCAUCGAGUACGCCCGAUUGAUUACGGCUCCGGAUGCGAUCCAGAGCACAGUUGCCGAGGCCCUGAGAAUAUUCAAUGCCAUCAGGAGGCCCUACUACCAGGCCAUGGCCGACUUCCGGAAAUCGCAGAAGGAGGUUCUCAAGGAGGUAGGGCGGAAGGAGUAUGUCGACUUCGAUAGUGACCUGAGGAAGAGGUUUGCGAGAGACGGCUUGGGGGCCAAGCGAGGAAAGGGGUUCCUGGCAUUUGUGUAUGAUCACGACAUUGGGAAGACGUGGAAGGAGUUUGUAGAGUGUGACCAGGCGCGGCGUAAGGGGAUUAACGGGUACGCGCAAGCGGAUGCUUGAAUUAGGCACCUAGACAUAGGCAAAGAACGCGAUGUUAUUGUCUGACGC